GGAGUAUGAAACAACGAACAAACCACGUGAGGCCUAUUGGUACAAUAAACACAAAUAUCACUUUUAAGUUAGUUAGGCUGCGUUCCCUAUCUGAUUUUUUGCAUGAGUUAUGCUUGCAAAAGACACAACCCCAAUUCUGCAACCCCAAUUUGGAAUCCCACUCGUCUCCCGACGCCGUCUCUGCAUAAAUUUGCCCGGUGAAGAGUUAAUUUGAAAAAUGGCGGAACAAGAAAGAAAGCCUGUGCCGCAUCAUAUGUUUUUUCCUUCAAGUGGGUUUAGGAAUCCCUUGCCGUUCCUGGGGACAUAUCAAUCCGAACCCUGGGAAAAGAUCAUUCUAAGGGAGCUGAAGGGCUGUUAUGUCAUCGUUGCUUCUUUCUUGGCCCCCAUACUUUCUGCUUCUGGUGGCGCUGAAUCUUGCCAUACCCUGAUACGUCUAUUUGAAGAGGUGUCCGCCAGGAGAUUGAACCCUGAAUGUAAGAUUGUUAUCGUGACCAAAGUGAGACCGUGUGCCACAGAUAUUUGGAGUGGACGAAAUGUCGAGAAGGUGAUUUUUAAUAAAUUCUUUUCCGGCUUCCCCAAGGGUGUCCUUGCCAUCCCCUUUUCAGAUUACAAGUCUCGUGACAGAGUUUUCAGCUCUCUUAGUAAAUUCAAACAGCCCCCCGAUGCAGUCCUUGUUGUGGAUCCUGUCGGCAAGGUUCUGGGUGAUAGUUUUGGCUUCUUAUGCUCCUAUGGGGCUGCCUUCUACCCUUUCUCCAUGGACCAUCGCCGCGAGCUUUCCAGGCGGGACGAAUUUUUCAUGGAGAGACUGAAUCCUUUCACUUACCAGGAUUCCCCUUCUCCUUCUCUUAACUACAAAGACACACUGCUGUCCCUUGCUGAACUUUUCGAUCACAGUCCAGAGGAUGUUCUUCUAGCCAAGAUUCGUGGUGCAACAAUGGCAGAUCCUUCCCCUCUGUCAACCCUACUGAAGGGCCAAAUAGUGGCAUUAUACCUCUGCGCUAAUGGGCACCUCAUGGACAGUCUUGUCAAGAUCUACCUGCAAUGCAGGGGUCGUGUUCCCAAGCUCGAGGUCGUGGUCGUGCCCCUAGCAUUCUCAGAUUACCCCCACUCCUAUUACCGCCAAAUCGUGCAUGCCUUGGCCGAGCACAACAUAACCACUUGGUGGGCUUUGCACCCCUAUAACGACAAGAUUGUGCGCACCCUUUUCCGCCUCUCCGGAGGGAGGAAUUUUGACAGGCUUAUCCUUCUCCCUGCUGUUGGGGAAACCGAUUCCGACUCCUAUUCCUAUUGCGGAGAUAUCAAUGCUCACGCAGUAUUAUCCCUCUUGGGCUUAUAUCCCUUGGCAAAUAGGGCGCUGCCUCCUAGCAUGUACCCCUUCACCACAGAGAAGCUCUACUUGGAAAGGUUGUCCUCUCUGCGUCAAGUCACCUUGCCCUCUUUGUUGUGCAGAUAUAAGCCAGACCUCUCCUCCGAGGCCCUGCAACAACUUCAAGGCAAGAAUGGGCACGACCUCGAGCUUGGGAACACGGCCCCUGCAUUGCAAGUAGAUCUUGACAAGACUGUCCAUGAGGUGCGCAGAGAGAAGGAUCUGAAUAGGCUGAUGGAUCACUUGGGGUUUGCUUCAGCGGCUGGUCUCAAAAUCAUCCAAUCUAUCCAGCGAGUCCUUGAUUUCCCAGCGGCGGUGGCCAUUUAGGCAUUGGAAGAUAAGACGGAUGGAGAGAGGUUGAACAAUUCAUUUGCAUUUCGGGGUGACGGCCUUGACCUCUAAAGUCUUUGAGAUGAUACCAAACACCUCGCAAUUACUUCUCUGUAAUCGGAUGAAAGGGUCGCACAUUCCACGGUUUCACCGGCUAUAAGAGUAAAUGCUUGAAUUGGCUAUGGAGUUUCAUUCUUCACCUGCUAUAGGAGUAAAUGGUUGGGUGAUUCAUGGGGUACGUUACUACGAAAUUUGUUUCAUUUCCGGAUUCCCCAAAAAAACAGGUAUUUAUAAUCUUGUUUUUAAGAUGGAAUGAAUCACAGUCUUGUGCUCUGCUUUCAGGUUCACUUUCAUUUGCUCUAAUUUCCAAUAUCAUUGUUAAGGUAAGUACUAUUUCUUCACAGAAAAAUUCUUCACAGAAAUCACUGUUAAGGUAACUAUCAUUUGUUUAUACUAAUAUGUUUCUUAAAGCAAGUGUAUAGCGUUUCGUUAAAGUCAUGGGUGAAAUUGGU